AUGACGAGCCAUGGAGAAGCGAACGCGAUCUCGGAGCGAGAGCUUUCAGACGAUGAAUCUAUCUAUCUACCGAGGAGUAUCGAACUUUUCGGACUGCAAUUGAUGAGAAUUCCAUUGGCGUAUUGGCUUCGAGACGAGCCCAUGAUACUUCCCAGAAACUUAUCCUUCUUUAACCGUAGCAAGGCUGAGUCCCCAACAGAGAAUCCUUUCACAAACACAAAGCGAUUUCGCGUGCUGAAGAAAUCAGAGCUGAAAGACAAUUAUGACUUGAAUCGUCUGUAUUUGGAACUCUUAAUUGGCACAUCUGGUUGGAGAAAUACGGAUCAACUUCUGUCCAGCUUGACGAUUGUGAAAGUGGCAAUGGAAAAUGCUAAUGGGGAGGGACUCAAUGACAAAAAUGUGACCUUCUACAUAAAUUACUUGUGUCAGGCUCCUGUUGGUGAGGAUGAUGAUCGCACAGCUAUAGUCAGAAGAGCCUACAAUGAGCAGUCCGGAUGCUUCAGUCUCGAGGGUCGGAAUCUGAGCACAAAAGCUUUACCCCCAUAG